AUGGCAGCUCGGCUCGGAUACGUAGGCCUCGGCAACAUGGGCGUCCCCAUCGCCCGCAACCUCGCAAGAUACGCAGCGUCCUCGGGCCUCCCGCCUCUCUCUUUCUGGAAUCGUUCCCAGGCCAAGUAUGAUCUAGUCAGGCAAGACGCCCCCGACGCCUUCUACGCCACAGACGUCCAAGAUGUAGUCAAGAGAUCCGAUAUAGUGUUCACCAGUCUCCUCAAUGACCAAGCAGCCGAGGACAUCUACGGCAAGAUGUUCAAGGCGACUGAGGGCAGGAACGUGAUCUUUGUGGACCAGUCGAGCGUAAAGGCUCUCACCACAGGAAAGCUCUCGGCGGAAGCGCAGACCAUUGGCGCUACGUACAUUGCCUCUCCCAUCUUUGGCCGUCCCCCAGCUGCCGAAGCUGCAAAGCUCGUCAUCGUCCUCUCUGGUCCAGCCCAAGUCAAGGACAAGAUAAGGCAAUACUUGGUGCCUGCUGUAGGCGAUAGGGUUGUUGAUGUCGGCGAAGACGUCAAGCUUGCGAGUGCUCUCAAGAGCAUCGGCAACUCGGUCAUCCUGGGCUGGGUCGAGCUCAUGGCAGAAUCAUACGCCCUCGGCGAUGCUGUCGGUCUCGAUCCCUCCGUCUUUAAUGAUCUCCUCCACAAACUGAUUCCUGCGCCACCUCUCCUGGCGUAUGCCGACUCUGUGGCCAAGGGUCAUUUCCCAGCAGGCGGUUUCUCUGUAGACGCUGGACUCAAGGGCAAGUCUUCAGAUUCUGCAUACCUGUAA